UGUUUGGUACUCCGAAUUGAAAGCAGGAUGAAUACAGAAAAGUUGGGUCCAAAAUUCAGCCACGAAGUGGAAGGCCAGUGGACUACUGGACUCUAUGAUUGUUGGGAUGACCCUUCCCUUUGUGUUAAGAGCUGUGUUUGCCCGUGCGUUAUCCAUGGCCAGCUUGUUGAGAUACUUGAUAGAGGAACAACAUCCCGUGGUCUUGGGUGCCUAAUCUCGUAUGCUAUGGGAAGCAUUCACUGCGGAUGCCUAUACGGAGGCAUCUACCGUUCAAAACUGCGUAAACUCUUCAACUUACCGGAAGCUCCUUGCUCAGAUUAUUUGCUUCAUUGUUGCUGCUGUGUCUGUUCUCUAUCCCAAGAGUACAGAGAACUCAAAAAUCGCGGCAUCGAUCCUUCUCUCGGUGGGAAAUUUUGGGAAGGGAAGAUCUUACCGUGCCACCAAUGCCUACCUCAAAAAUGACUCGUUAAUUAAGUCUGCUCUCUCGGCCCACUCCUUCCAUAUAUGCAUGCAUGCAUGGUUUGUCCUCCUAUAUGUUUCUGAUUAUAUUGUGUAAUUUAAUGUUACGUUAUAACUAUAUUUUGUUUAUAAGGUUAGAAGAGAAACCAAAGGUAGUGCAGAAAUGUUUUGUAGAUUUAAUUCCAUAGAUAA